UUCCAUAUAGACUGUGUUAAUUCCACGAUUAAAAAUUUAUAAUUUAAUUCGUAAUGAUAUAGCACAGAAUAGAUUUCAUGGUCUUUAUUACAUAUCAUGAUACAUAACAAUUAACAAACAGCAUACUUCGCGGUAAGAAAUCAAUCUGGUGAUAGCGAUUAGCGACCGGUUUUCGUUAGAUGAAUGUCGUGAUCACUGGUCAUUGGCCAGGCAACACCCGGUUUGACCGUUUCACGUAACACGUUAGCCACCGAAUAUUGUCUUAUCUUGAACGGAGUAAAAAUGUAUAGAAAUAUAGAAUAAAGAUGUACUGUUAAGUUAUCUCAGUUAUCUUCGUUUUCGAUAGUUCUUACUAGUAUCCAAUCCAUGUAUUAAUUUAAAUUAAUAUAUAUUGUAAUAAGAACAUAGUGGAUGAACUCGACUUUAUUUAGUUAUUUUUUCUAAUAUUUCAUUUGGAGAAAACAGUUCAGUAAUCUUAAUUUUGUGCAAUGGGUUCACUAAGGUCCUUUGUUUACAUUUCUUCUGGAGGAUGUGUUUUGUGGGCAGGAACAAAUUUUAUCACACAGAAUGAAAAAUUUUAUAAGAAAUAUAUCAUUCCUGCAUUUUUUUCUUGUGAUCCAGAAAAUGCUCAUAACCUUUUAAUAUUUUCUGGAAAAUAUGGUCUUAUACCAAAAUCAUUUUAUAAAGAUCCACCGAUAUUGAAAACCAAGUUGUGGGAUUUAAAUUUCACCAACCCAGUUGGUCUUGCAGCUGGGUUAGAUAAACAAGGUGAAAUAACAAAAGCAUUAAAAAAUGUAGGUUUUGGUUUUGUAGAGGUUGGUUCAAUAACACCUUUACCUCAACCAGGCAAUGAAAAACCAAGAGUAUUUAGACUUUUAGAUAGUCAAGCUAUUAUUAAUAGGUAUGGAUUCAAUAGCGAUGGUCAUAAUAUUGUCUUUGAAAGACUUAAGAAACUUAAGCAAGACCAAAAUUUUGAUGGUAUAGUUGGUGUUAAUUUAGGAAAAAAUAAAGAGUCUGAAAAUGCAGUUGAUGACUAUGUGAAAGGUAUUGAAAAGUUCACUCCAGUUGCAGAUUAUUUUGUUAUAAAUAUAUCCAGCCCUAAUACUCCAGGUCUAAGAAAUUUGCAAAAGAAAAAUGAUCUAAUAAGUCUGCUUUCAAAAGUUAUAGAAGCAAGGAAUCAAUUUAAUGUAGAACGCAAAAUUCCAAUAUUAUUAAAAAUUGCUCCCGAUCUUACUGAUCAAGAUAAAAAAGAUAUUGCUGAUGUAAUAAUUAAUGAUAAAAAGUGCAAAGUUGAUGGAUUAAUAAUUUCAAAUACAACUGUUAAACGAAUUGGUGUUUAUGACAAUCCUAAUGCAUUAGAACCUGGUGGUCUCAGUGGGAAACCUUUACAAGAAGCAUCUACAAAAUUAAUUUUAGAAUUUUAUAAAUUGACAAAUGGUAAAAUUCCAAUUAUUGGAGUUGGUGGAAUUUUUAAUGGUCAAGAUGCAUAUGCCAAAAUUAAAGCAGGAGCUUCACUUAUACAAAUUUAUACAUCUUUUAUAUACAAUGGUCCACCAGUCAUAGUUAAUAUAAAAAAGGAACUAGAUUAUCUUCUGAGGAAAGAUAACUACAACUCAAUAUCUGAUGCAGUUGGUGCAGAUGCUAGAGUGUAAAUUUACAAUAACUCAAAUAACUGUUUAUUUUAUUCCAAAAUUUGGAAAUUCAGAAUGCAAUUUUUUUUAUUCACAUAUAUCUUUUAUUAUUUUUAUAAUAUAUUAAAAUAAGUUAAUACUAUACUCCAGCCACUGAGAAAGCACUUCUGGGCGGCGAUCAAAAUUUAUCUGUUCUUGCACAUUCUCACCACUAAACCCUCCAAAAUACUGGUCACCUUAGUGGUAGAGUGAAAGAAAUUUGGUACAAAACUGAGGAGUUCAAUCAUUUGUAUGCGCGAAGGAGUAGUGCUUUCUCAGUGGUCGGAGUAUAGGAUUGAUUAUAAUCAAUUGUGACCAUCAAUUAAAUUUUUUUUUUUUUUAUUGAUAUUGUCAGUACUUUCAAUUUUUGACCAAUUAGUUAAUUUUUAUUUCAAAUCUGUGUUAUUUGAAUUAUUUGAUUUUUUUAAAAUUAUUUUCAAUCAUUAAAAAGAAACCUUUUUUAAAGAGGUACUUAUCAGAAAACUAUAUUGCAACUAUGAGUUUUACCAUAAAAUAAUUACAAUUUUGUACUUACUAUCUUCUUUACUGUGAUUUGUUAUAAAAUGGUAUGUUCUUAUUUAGGAUAAUCUUGUAGCCUGAUAUUUUAAUUUGCAAGACUUUAAAAAGGUUUUUAAGACAAUGUUAUACCUGCAUGUGUUAUCUCUGUCUUACAAACAUAAAACACAGUAAAUUUACGUUCAGCAGAAUUAAUUUUAUACUGUUAGGAUUAAUAUUAGAGUCAAUUUAGUAUUUACCUAUUAUCAAACAUAAAGGUAAUACUAUAUCUCAUAGGCUUUUAUUCAUAUAUUAAUUUUUAAUUGAGUUGUGUAAAACUUUAAAAUGCUAAUAGCUCACUUAUGAGAUGUUCCAAAUAAUUUGUUUAUCUUUAAGUUUAACAAUAGAUAAAUUGAAUAGAUAAAAGACAACAAAUGCAAGUAUGACUAUGCCAAAGACUAAAACAAGAAUGUAAUCAUGUACAGUAUUUACUGUGAAGUAAUUAGCAAAUCAUUGAAUAAAUAUUGUUAACUAU